GAAUAUUUCAAGGCAGGAUUUAACAAUUGUGCGGUAGUUCGAUGGUUGUCUAAUUCGAAUUCACAAAGACGUUGAAUCAUUCCAUAAUUCUUUCGAUUAACUAAUAGGCGGGAAAAUUUCCUCCUGCACAAAACUAUUCCUCUAAUUAUCUUAUUGAUUUCGUCAGGAUGUUUUGUCGUUUGAUGUUUAUUCUCUCGAUUAUUCUCGCUUUAUCUGAAGCUAGCUAUCGGGAUCUAGGGCGAGUAGUCUUGACCAAUGUCGUGUUCAACCAUGGUGAAACAAAACUUUGGAACGAGGAGUCAUACAGGUCUGAAUCAUUUAUAGGAUUGCGUAAUUCAGGAAUGGAACAGAUGUUCGAUUUGGGCCGACACCUCAGAACAAAAUACAAAAAAAUAUUGCCGACAAAAUAUUCUCCGCAUGAUAUCUACGUAAGGAGUACGGAUAUAGAUUGGACGUUGAUGUCAGCAGAGCUGGUCCUUGCUGGUCUGUACCCAGCAGUAGGUGACCAGAUCUGGAAAAGGCUCAUGUAUCCAUGGAGGCCAAUACCUGUUCACACGGUUCCAGUACAGAAAGAUAAUCUUUUAGCUGGACAAAAACCUUGCCUUGGAUAUGGCGAAGCUCUCCAGGAGGCUAUUGAGAAGACCGUUAGCAAGAGCGUAAGUAACGAAAAGCAGAUGAAGUCCAACCCAAUUAAAGAUUUCCUGGACACCACAGGAGAAAGAAUUAACGAACCUGCCACAUUGGUUUAUUGGUACAAAAAAUUAUUGUCAGAGAGUGGUCAGAACAAAACUCCACUGGACUGGACAAACAAUGUUUGGUCAUCUGAAAUUCCAUUAUCACUAAAUGCUACUUAUUCACUCUUCGAGAGUAAUAAAUAUCUGCACAGAUAUAGAUCGGGACCGCUGAUAAAAGAAAUGGUCUUUCACAUGAGGCAGAAAGUAAAUGAUACUCUUAGACCUAACAGAAAGGUGUUCAUGUACUCAGCACACGACGAAAGCAUAGCGAGUCUUCUCAUGGCUUUAGGAGUUUCCGAGCAUCCUUUUUGGCCUACCUAUUCAGCAGUAGUUUUCCUGGAGCUCAGAGUAACCCGGCAAAACGAAUACGUCGUAACCAUCUCAUACAUAGAUCUACAAAACAAGUUAACUCUGCUGACCUUACCAGGUUGCACUUCGGUCUGUCCACUCUCCACAUUCAUCAAACUGAUCGAACAUCUAAUCCCACGUAAUUGGGAUGAGGAGUGCUUACAAACGCAAGAAAGAACUUUUUAAAUACCUUUUUAGGAAAAAAAACCAAAAAAAAGCAGACCACCGGAAGAAUAGGCUCAUAUUAAUUCUCCUAUGGUCUAUUAUUUUGGGUGGGUUUUUUCAUGGUCUAUUUCUUCUACCUAUCGUUUUAACAGGUACAUUGGCAUCGUUCCUUAUAUGUCGGUAAUUUUAAUGUUUUCACCAACAAAAUGGUAAAAAAUUUCCUGCGUGAUCGCUAUCGGAGAUGCAUAGCAAUAAUUACUUUUUUUAUUAUCUGAUUAAAAUUUAUAUUGAAAAAUCUUCUGGAUGAUCUCCAAAGAAUGAUGUGGCCUAGCAAGUUAGAGCCUAGUUUUUCAUUCUAAAGACAAUUAGCGGAAAAUUCUUAGGAGAAUGAUCUACAAUUUUAUUUACAGGGG